AUGUUUAACGCUAUCGGGAAUUGUUCUUUUGUGCCAGAAUCGGUGCAGACUGAUGCGGGCGUUGCAGGUGCUGGCACAUUGCUUUCAUUCAUCAUCACCAACUUCAUCUCCUUGUUCCUCAGCGCUAUCAUCAUCGUCCUCGGCCUGCGCAAGUCGACUUCUGCGCCAGUAUGCCGUAAGCUACUGCAGUCUCUAUCUGAUCAGCAGAUCGUUACGGGUAUUGGCAUUCAGUCAAUAGGUCUGGCAAAAAUGCAAUCGAUGGUGCCGUACCACUUCUUCAUCAUCUGGCUUCUUUCGCUGCUUUCGACGGCAACAAACCUUGCGACUCUGCUUGCGCUUGUAAACGACUUCAGGCGUGAUUGGGUGCUGAGAUGGCUGAGGCAAUUCUUCAUGCUUAUCAACCUGUUCCUUGGCGUUCUAUCCGGUAUCUUUAUUCUGCAGACAGUAUUAAAGAACGUGGAACCACGACUACCGAUCGCUUGUGUGUGGGAGGUCGAAAGUCGUGGUAGCUCGCCCAACGCCGCGCUUAGCAUUGUUGGGACUAUCGCUGUCAUUACCGCUCAAGCCGUCGUCUUCGUCUUGUCAACAUGGUACCUACACAAUCGCGCCAAUCCGGCAUGGCUCAAAUCUGUCCAGGUCGUAGGGUUGUUCGCACUAUUGACUAUGGGUGUUGGAGCGACCGUCCGUGUGAUCAUGGAGUCCCAGGCCUUUGGCAGCCCACCUAAGACACUAAAUCUCACUGGGCCCAGCGAGAAGUCAUGGAGUUACGGUCAGUUACUUCCUUUGUUGUUGCUGGUGAUGCCGUUUAUCAGCACUAUCGAAGUCAUCAGGGGCGAAACCAGGAUGCCACCAAGCAGGGUGGAUGACGAUACAGCGCCGCUUUUUGUAAACGACAUGGAAUUUCAACCGAACCCUUUGGUGGGCAGCAGCACUAACAGUCUGUUUCGAAAGUAA